AUGGGCGCUUAUGGAAAUGAUUGGUGUUUGUCCCUGCCUCUUGUCCAUGGGGUGGUUGCUGCCUGGCGAACAACCCCUCCUAUUGACUUGAUCCAUGCUCUCGCGCAAUGCAUGCUAGGCCACAUUGUCCAAAUUCCUUCGAUGCACUUCCAGUGCUUGCUGUCAACUCCUCUAGGCAGCAUAGCACAAGUUAUAAAUACCCUCUCAAAUCCCCCUCUAGGGAAAGAUAUCUCAAGACAACAAAAACAAGAAUUCAAACAUACUCUGUUACCAAUCCUACAAAUUUACUACAUUUCUGCCUUAUCUGAACUCCAAACAACCACAGCCAUGGCCACUACACUUCUUGAGUACCUUACCCAGCCCAACCCACGCGUGAACAACUCCCGCUCGCUUGAAGGCCUACCAACGAAAGCCGAGUCUAACGAGGAUAUCGUCAUCAUUGACUGGGAAGAUUUUACCUAUGAAACUCUAAUGUCAUGUUAUGGUGGCAUUUUGCGCGCCCAGUUCAAUGGACAGUUACCUGAAAUCUUUCCUCCUAUACGGGAUAUUGAGCGUGAGAUAUACGACGAGGAUUCCCUUGACCACCUACUGACGCGAUCGGUCGUGGCCCCCGUCAGCGAAAGCCUGAGCAUAGCCUGGCAGCGGUGUUACCCAAAUCAUCAGAAUUUCCCAAUUUAUAUGACGCGCGGGGGCCGAGCAAGGGGAUCUAUAAACGAUCUACCUGCAGAUGAGUUAGCAGCCUUCCCUGACUGGGCAGGAGCCCAAAGGGGCCAGGGCUCAUCAGCAUAUCUAAACCGUUGUCCAGGGGAUACAAAGCUAUCAACAAAAUGGCGCUCCGGCACAGAUAAGACUACGGCCCAUUACUACUGGCCUUAUGCUCAACUUAUUAGGUACUGUGGGGAAAACUGGAACACUAGGUACGGGUAUUUGAUUACCCAAGAAGAACUUGUGGUUUUGCGUAUCUCGAGGGCAGCGAUUCCAUCUGGAAUCGCUAAUAAAAGGUCUCCUCGCAAUGUCGUUGCUCAAUCUUCCCAGGCUACUAGACAGGAUAGUCCUCCCGUUGUGCCCUCUAGUUCCCCUGUUCCCCAACCCCCUGCCACUCGGUCCCCCCCACGGCAAGCCCAUCUACGCAACACAUCCGUUACUUCGGCAUCCAGUGCUAUGUCAAUCGACCGGCCAUCAGGACGUCCUCGCCGGACAUCUGUCACUGCCAGCUUGGCGUCUCUAUCCAUGAGUGAAGCGAGCGAGCCAGCCGCAAGCAGCAGCAACCAAGUCCAGAGCAGCCAAUCAUACAAAGAUGAUGGGACAGGGGGUGAAUACAGGCCUAUUGAAAUGAAAAGGAUUCCCUGGGGUAAUUCAGGAGGGGGGCGGUUGACUAUAAAGCUUGCUUUAUGGUGGAUUCAUAUGAUGGCAGGUGCCCCCGGAUGUGAUAUCACCAUUGGGCCUGACUAUCCAGCUCUCGACACAUGGGUGCUUCGCAAUGGAACCUAUCAUCACACCACAACAGGAAUGACUACAAACAAUCUUCCAGAAUCCGCUAAGACUAUAUCUCCUAGACAUGCAUCUCGUGGUAUAGUAACGCCGCCGCGCCAACAACUGCCUUCCAGCUCGUCACCUUCCAGUCAGCUUUCUUCUGCACCCCCUACUAGGGAAGAAAUCGCUGCUAUAAAUUGGCUACCACAGGAGGCACAAUGGCAGUAUCGCACAACAAAUAACUCUCGAGGCCUUAUGCGUGAUAGGACCUUGAUUUGGAGUGACAGGCUAAACGGCUGGUAUUAUGCACGACUAGAACAGGGAAGGGCUCAGUGGGCAUCGGCAACACCUGAUGAAGAUGAAGACGAUGAGGAUGAGGAUGAGGAUGAGGAGGAUGAGGAUGAUGAAAGUGAUGAAAGCAUGGGUCUCCCACCGGCUCCUGGCCCGAAUCGAAAGCGUUAA